AUGCUGGUCACUGUGUACUGUGUGCGGAAGGACCUCUCCGAGGUAACCUUCUCCAUCCAGGUCAGCUCUGACUUUGAGCUCCACAAUUUCCGUGUUCUCUGUGAGCUCGAGUCUGGCAUCCCUGCUGAAGAGAUCCAGAUCAUCUACAUGGAGCAACUCCUCACUGACGACCACUGUUCCCUGGGCUCCUAUGGCCUCAAAGACGGCGAUGUAGUUGUUUUACUUCAGAAGGAGAAUGUGGGACCUCAGCCUUCAGGACUGACAUCAAGCCUGCCUCGAAUAGAUUUUAAUGGGAUAGCCAUGCCUGGGACAUCUGGCUCCCGGCAGCAGCACCAACAUCAACAUGCACAAUCGGCCCAGCAGACCCGUGGCUUAGAUUCUGGAGAGAAGAUGACAUCUGCUCAACGUCUGAACAGCCCCGCCUUGAUUCGAAGCAUGCUGCUCUCCAAUCCCCAUGAUCUGUCCCUGCUGAAGGAACGCAACCCUGCCUUGGCAGAAGCCCUGCUCAGCGGAAACCUUGAGACAUUUUCCCAGGUCCUGAUGGAUCAGCAAAGGGAAAGGGCCCUGAGGGAACAAGAGAGGCUUCACCUCUACUCUGCUGACCCAUUUGAUUUGGAAGCUCAGGCAAAAAUAGAAGAAGAAAUCCGGAGGCAAAACAUUGAGGAAAACAUGAAUAUAGCGAUGGAAGAGGCUCCAGAGAGUUUUGGACAAGUGGCCAUGCUCUAUAUCAACUGCAAAGUGAAUGGACAUCCUUUGAAAGCUUUUGUUGACUCAGGUGCCCAGAUGACCAUUAUGAGCCAAGCUUGUGCUGAGAGAUGUAAUAUAACACGGUUGGUGGACCGCAGAUGGGCUGGGAUUGCUAAAGGAGUGGGCACACAGAGAAUUAUCGGCCGAGUUCAUCUAGCUCAGAUUCAAAUUGAAGGCGAUUUCUUACCAUGCUCUUUCUCUAUCCUUGAGGAGCAACCCAUGGACAUGCUUCUAGGGCUAGAUAUACUCAGGAGACAUCAAUGUUCCAUUGACUUGAAGAAAAACGUGCUGGUGAUUGGCACCACUGGCACACAGACUUACUUUCUACCUGAGGGAGAGUUACCCCCAUGUGCUAAGCUGGGGAUAAUCCACUCCCUAAAAAGAAAAAGGCAAAUGGAUGUCUGAAUAUAUGAAUUCAUCUUCACGGCAGGUACUAAAUGUUGCCUUUUUAAGAG